AUGCACAACGAGACUCAAUACCAGAAUCCAAUCGUUCCAGGAUUCGCCCCUGACCCCUCAGUUGUGCACGUCGAUGGUGUCUUCUACCUUGCUACAUCUUCAUUUCACUUCUUUCCCGGAUUGCCUAUCUACGCAUCUCGGGACUUGAAAGAAUGGACACAUAUCGGCCAUUCAAUGGUCGCAUCCGGGGGUCUCUUCGCUCCUACGAUUAGAUACCACGACGGGGUUUUCUAUAUCGUCUGCACGAACGCGGGUCACGGCGGCAAAACUCUUCGAACAGAUAACUUUGUUAUUUCUACCACCGACAUCUGGAGUAGCAACUGGAGUGACCCAAUCCCCAUCUCAUUCAAAGGUAUCGAUCCAGGGCUGUUUUUCGACGAUGACGGCCGUGUCUACUUCCACGGCUGCUUCCUUCUCGAUCGUACGAAACAGCCAUCGUGUACGAUCAUGCAAUUCGAGAUCGACAUUAAGACAGGGACACCAUUGUCAGAGCAACGAGAGAUCUGGCAAGGUCAUGCUAGAUAUGACACGGAAGGUCCACACAUCUACAACCUCGGAAAGUGGUACUACUUGCUGGUUGCCGAGGGGGGUACCUUCGAGCAUCAUAUGCUAUCCCUCUCGAGAUCAGAGAGUAUUUGGGGUCCAUAUGAAGACUUCAAGGGCAAUCCUAUCCUGACGGCGGACGGCAAGGUUGACGAGUAUAUCCAGAACACUGGGCAUGGCGAUUUGUUUCAAGACGCCAAUAGCCAAUGGUGGGCAGUGGUUUUGGGCGUAAGGAACGAAAAGUCUUGUCAACCUCUGGGAAGAGAGACGUUCCUUACACCUGUUGAUUGGCCUGACGGGGGUUGGCCAGUGAUUUCUCAGCCGAGAAUGGAGUUCACUGGUCUCGUAGCGACGAGCUUCUCUGAGCGAAACGGGAAUAGGAUGGAUGCGGCAAGCCGAUUGAUCCCCUCAGCGAGAGUGGAAGAUCUUUUUAUCAGGGACCCGGACCUGUCAAGAUACAGGUUGCCAGACACAGAUAACGGCCCAUACAUUCUCUUCCCCAGUCAGAGUGUCUUAUCAACGCCAGCGGGAACCAACACGUUUAUCGGCAAACGUCAGAGGAGCCUCAACUCUACCGCAACUACAUCCAUAGACAUUGCCACCACAGGGACAGUGGCUCGUCGGGGCAUCAAGGCAGGGUUGGCCGUCUACAAGGACCACAUGCGGCACGUAUCCCUAAGUUACGACUUUGACGCCGGAGAAGUUGUCUGUCAUGCUUGGAAUGCGUCCACAGGACUCGACAGAACAUCAACAACCACUUUGCAGGUCGGGGAAACCACAAAGACUCUAGGCCUCAAGAUCAUCGCAACAUCGACCAGGUACCGAUUAUUUGCCAUGGACUCAACAUCGGAAGUGGAGGAAGAGUGGCUGGAGCUAGGGUCCUGCGAGACUCGGGAAUUGGCUGCGCGGGAGAUGACGGGCCCGGUCUUUGGUACUUUUGCGCACACCACUACAGCAGGCGAGCAUACAGGGGUUACGUUUCUAGAUCUCAAGAUCGAAGAUCAGUGA